AUGGAGAAGUUCAACGAUUGGAGAGAUAAGGGAACGGGGAUUUCACCGUUUAUGCCAAUUCCGCCUCCAAAUAGCUCUGUGGUUGUCAAGUAUAUUGCUGGCCCUGUUUUUGCGCUUUUGAAACUAGGCCCGGCUGUAGUGCUUGGACUCCUGUUGACAAUCACCUGGCCAGUCAGUUUUCUCUUCAAACCGCUCCUGCGUCUAUUUCUACUUUUAAUAUUCAACGUAUCCGAGGUAGAGUUCACCGCUGAUGGUGUAAAACGUUCAAACACCAAACAGAUCAACGCAAAACGUCCGAAAAACGGCCAGAUUGUAUUUGUCAACUUUUCUUCUCCACUGGACAGUUUGGUGCUAUUUCUGUCCAGCACAAGCAGCUCAACUGUGUUUCUGUUUGCAGACAGCAAGGGAAACUUAAGACAACUUUCCGGACUGAUAGAUUCGUUCAAAUUUGCUCUUAGUCAACCAAUCAUCUAUCCUGCCUCAGAUAAAGGCAUUAGCGAUUUGUCCAAAUACAAGAGCAAAGUGGUGUUCAUAUUUGCCGAGGGAACAACCAGCAACAACAGAGGAGUUCUGGCGUUCCCAGACAUUGAUUUCACAAGCAUAGUUGCCAAGAAGGACAGUUUCCACUUUAGAGCCGUGAGUAUCAAGAGUACCCCAUCAUCUUUAAUUUCGACGCCGAUCCCACAAUCUUUGAGCUCGUUCAUGUAUGGGUUGCUUUCGCAUCUCAGUUACGACGUUAAAUAUAAACUGAAAGUGUUUGACUUGCCAGAUCUCAAGCCUGCUACCAUUAGAGAAAAACUGUCCAAUUUCGGCACUUUGAAGCUCACCGGACAGGACCUGGACAUCAAUAAAAAGCUGUCGUUUAUCACAACAUACAACAAGGUCAACAAGCGACUAUAG